AUGUUCGAGUGCGCGCCGCAGCCCAUGCUGCCGCGCCCCAGCGUCGUGAACGUCUCCAGGAAGACCUCGACGGCGGAGGCCGCGGCUUCACAGCCCGCCCAGCAGGGGCAGGAUGGGCAGCAGGGGCCGAGACCCGUGCUGGUGCGCUUAGAGGGCCGCACCCUGAGCGUGUGGAGCAGCGGGCCCGUCGGGGACACUGGCAGCAGGACGGCCGCCGCCCCCAGGGUGCCGCGCCUGGCGCUGUGGAGCGAGCAGGAGGCGUCGCUGCGGCGAGCUAGGGCCGCUCUUGCCUACCGACGACGCUACCACCUGCAUGGCGGCGCCGUAGCGCUGCGGCCUCACGGCGUGGUGGGCCACAAGCAGUGGAGCCGCAAGUACCCCAUCUGCAUCACGGCCACCCUAGAGGACGCCGUGUUUGAGGCCCCCGAGGACGUGGUGGAGGCCGAGGAGGAGGCCACGGGAAAGGCGGCUGGGGACGCGGCAGAGGCUGUGGUGGAGGAGGUGGAGGAAGUCGCCGUGGUCGCUGGGCCAUCCUUGCACGAGGUGCAACCCUUGGCGGCGGCAUCGGCCCAUGUGGCGGUUGUUGCGGGCUCCGUGGCCCUGGGCCAGGCACCACCCGACCCACAGCCGAGCCCGCGACCGUCAUCGUCGACCCUCACGCCAACGGCCCGAAUAGGUGUCCUUGAGAGCCAGAUCGAGGCCGCUGCGACCGAGAAACAAGCUGCCCAGGGCGCUACGCCUGACGAGUCCGACCUCUCUGACGAGUUCCUCGAUUUAACCGACGACGUAGAGGACCUGGAGACAGUCGAAGAGUGCUUGCUCGGGCGCAUCGUGUCCCAGGAGCUGAUUGCUCUGACCGAAGAAGACGACGUCGAGGCUCCCGCCACGUCCGCAACCGCCGCUCCGCUAAGAGCCACGGCCUCGUCGACUUCCACCCUGCUGCUGCUGGCUCGCACGGCCCGUCAGAAGGAAGAGUGGUUCUGGCGGCUGCGAAGGGCGGUGGGCGAGAAGCACCCGCUGGACGACGAGGCCGUGUUCGAGGACUACGUGGCCACGCUGCGGCACUACUUGGACGACGAGGGCGACGAGCAAGGCGGCGACGGCGACAUCCCAGCGUACCGCGGUCUCAACGCGCUGGCCAGCCGCGUGCUCUUCACGGUCUGCCGCAGCGCGCGCUGGGCCGGACAGGUCCGCGCGCACCUGCAGCGCCGCCUGGCCGCCGUCAAGAUACCCGCCUUUGUGAAGCAGCCCGUCGUGGCCGACUUCUUCUGCAGGCCCUCCUCCGUCGAGGUGGACAGGGCCGCGCCCCCACGCCUCGAUGCACAGGGCCUGUGGCUCGACCUGGGCGUCCGAUAUCGGGGCGUUACGAAGAUGGUCAUCACCACGCGGUUCAACCUGGUACAGCAGCAGCAGCCCCAAGUGCAGCCGCACACCGACGCAGAUGAGGAACUCCGGCAUCCAGACGAGGAAGGCCUCCGACCGGACGCCGGCGCCGCGGCAGCCCGGGCAGUCCCGCAACAACAGCGGGGGGCGUGGAAGAUUUUCAGGAGGCUGACGGAGAGCAGGUUCUUCCAGGCCGCGCUGGUCGCGCUCUCCGACACGGACAUCGUGCUGACGGUGGAGCUGCAGGCGCUGGAGGGCGCGCUGGUGCUCCACGUGCCGCCGCCGCCCUCGGACCGCGUGUGGCUGGGCUUCCGCGGCGUGCCGUGCCUGCGCCUGGUGGUCGUGCCAAGGGUAGGCAACCGCACUCUGCGACAAGCCCUGCUGUGCCGUCUCAUCGAGCGCAAGCUCCGCGCCCAGCUGGAAAAGGUCUUCGUCCUGCCCAACAUGUACAACGUCGCCGUGCCCUUCAUGGGCAUGGCCAUGGGCGAGGCGGGCCUCGACGCACAGCGCGGUUCCAACUCGACGACUGCCUGA